CAUAAAUAUAACCUGAAAGUGAUACUUCCUGCUAUAUGGAUGGGUAGUUUUUUAGCUGCAAUGGAUGGAACUGUGGUUGCCAAUAUUAUGAAUGGUAUAGCAUCUGAUUUCCAGCAAGAGGAUUUGAAAUCGUGGAUUGCAACUUCUUAUUUAUUGACAAAUACAGCUUUCCAACCCUUAUAUGGUAAAGUUUCAGAUAUUGUGGGGAGAAAGUAUGCAUUAAUGUUUGCACAAUUCUUUUUUGGAUUUGGGUGCUUUCUGAGUAUUUUUUCCAACAAUAUUGUGCAUUUUUCCAUCGCUAGAGCUGUUUGUGGUAUCGGGGGUGGUGGAUUAGGUGCAAUGUCUAGUAUUAUUGUUAGUGACAUUGUCACCUUGGAGGAAAGAGGUUUAUAUCAAGGUUAUGCAAACUUAAACUAUGCAUUGGGACAGACUUUAGGUGCUCCAUUAGGUGCUAUUUUGCUGACUACAAUUGGAUGGAGAUGGAUUUUUGGAAUUCAAGUUCCAUCUGUUAUGGUUUGUAUGUGGUUGGCUUAUAAGCAUGUUAAUAUUGGACAUGAAAAACCAUUGACGAGAGAAAACUUUUCGAGAAUCGAUUUUGGUGGGUCUAUUACUCUAGUCUCUAGUAUUACUGCAUUCUUACUUUUGUUGUCAACAAAUCUUAAUAAGGUUGUGCUGAGUCUAGUUUUCCUCUUGUCUUCUUGCUCAUUUUUUUACAUUGAGACAUUCAUUGCUAAAGAACAAAUUGUUCCAGCGCACCUAGUGAAAGGUCUUUUGGGUGUUUGUGGGCUCUCAUCAUUUGCUGUGACGUUUAUAUUGUAUGCUGCAUUGUUUGGUGUCCCAUCUUUUUUGCAGGUUGUUCAAAAUCAAAGUACUAAAGAAUCAGGUGGGUUUUUGAUCUUCAUCAUUAUUUCACUUUCAAUUGGCUCAUUGACAUCGGGUUAUUUGUUGAAAAGGAUAAAUAUAGAUGUCAAACCAUUAUCAUUAUGGAUUUCAUUUGCAAGUGUUGGUUUCACACUAGUUGGUAUGGUGCUAGUGUUUGAGGUUUUGAAAGUUCCAGAACCUUUUGAUUCUGAUAUUGGUUGGAAAGUUGUGAUUAGUGUUGGUUUAACAACUAUGGGGCUCGGUUAUGGUUCAUAUUUAGUUUCUGCUUUGAUAACUGUCGUUGCGCUUGUUGGUAAAGAAGGUCAAGCUGCCGCUACAGGUAUGAACUAUCUUUUUAGAUCCAUUGGACAAGUUCUUGGUGUUGGUGUUUCAUUGGCUGUUUAUGAUAGAUCAAUUUCCAAUAAACUUCACUCUAUUCUAAAUAAUGUCGAUCAUGGAGAUGAAAUUAUGGAGAAGUUGUUACAUGACACCAAUUAUUUGAAACAAGGCAAGUUGAUAACCGAAAAACUAUUCUAUAAGCUUUUGAAGGCAUACCAGGAAGCAAUGAUUGAUUCUUUUGUACCAGCAUUAGCGCUGGGGGUUUUCAGUUUAUUAGUUUCU